CUAGCUGUUAAACCAACCAGAGGUUCAAAUAUAACUAACCUUCCAUACAGUUAUCUUCCCGCGUUAAAAAUUCUCCGGCCUCUCUCUCCCUCUCCUUUGUCUCCCCCAUCGUAACCAAAUCAAAAAACUGCCUCGUUAUCACGAACAAUUCGACAUUUUUUUUCCUCAUAUGAAGAAGGAGCUCCAUGUCGAUGUUGCAGAAAAUAACACGAGGGCGAAGGAGAACAAGAUCAUAAUGAAUGAUCGGGAUCAGGAUCAAGGUCCGGAAAAUGUGCAAAAGGAAAAUAAUAUUGAGAAUGUUCGAAUUGGUGAUGAUAAGGAAAAUGAAGGCCUGAAAUCGGGGAAUGGAUUGAGUAAAUCGAAGAAAUUGGUGCAUUGGAGCGAGAAAUUGGUGACGGAUUCAUCAGUGAAGAGGAUAACCGAUGGCAGUGAUCAUUCUCAGGUUCCGGUUGGUGAUUCUGGUUCAGUCGAUAUCAAAAAUAAAAUGGGGAGCGUCAAAGAUGUACUUGGUAGAUGGGGAAAGAAGGUUGGUGAAGCAACAAAGAAGGCUGAGGAUUUCGCUGGCGAUACAUGGCAACACUUUAAAACGAGCCCAAGUAUUGCUGAUGCUGCCUUAGGAAGAAUUGCUCAGGGAACAAAGGUUCUGGCUGAAGGUGGUUAUCAAAACAUAUUCUGCCAAACGUUUGAGGCAGAUCCUGAGGAGCAACUUCAGAAUUCAUUUGCUUGUUAUUUAUCUACAUCAGCUGGUCCGGUAAUGGGAAUGUUUUAUUUAUCUACCGCAAAGCUUGCAUUUUGCAGCGAUAGCCCUCUUCACUACAAAAUCGGAGACAAAAUUGGAUGGAGCUAUUAUAAGGUAAUUAUCCCGUUGCAUAAGCUUAAAGCAAUUAAUCCUUCGUCAAGCAGAACCAAUGCAUCAGAAAAGUACCUCCAAGUUAUAUCUAUUGAUAACCAUGAAUUUUGGUUUAUGGGAUUUCUAAAUUACACCGGUGCAGUAAAAUGCCUGCAAGAGGCGCUACAGGCAAACACAUUGCAAGUCGUGUGAGUUAUGAGAUGGCGCACAGUCACCUUCAUACAUCUUGUUGCCGUUGAAGAUUCUGAAGAUUCAUUUAUACGAAAACUCAGUGUCCUCGGCACCUAUAGCGGAUUAUCUUUCUAAUUGUAUCAUUUUUGCAUCAAUGAACUUAAUUAGCAGCUUAGCGAUGCAAUGCAUACGGAAUCUGAGGCACUUAUAUAUAUAAUACAUCUUUUAUCAUAUA